UUUACCCAAGGAAAUCUUAUAAAUGUAUGCCUCUGGCCAGGACUCCUCAUGUCUCUUGCCCCUGUAUCAGGGGCCUAGAAAGACAAUCGCUUUUAGACUCUGUAUACACAUUGUCUACACUGAAGAUAGUUUUCCUUAAUCCCAGUGGUUCUCAGCUUUGCAUUUCUGUCUGCAAAUGAUUGAUGUGUGUCGCUGGAAGUUGCAGCAGGUGGCUCCCCACCCUUCUGGGUUACUCCACCAGUGACAACACAGGCAGAGUUGGCCUGGCUUCCUUUUUGGUGUUUUGUAGCGGAUAGCUGCCUGCUCAGAACCCACAGAAGCCUACUCCUCAUCCCAGACAGCUGCAGUGGCCCUCUCCAAACAGACCCAAACCCAGGCUCUCCACUUCCCCUCUUGAAGUUGGCUGGCAUCUGACCCACCAUGACACCCACAGAACUCACAAGCCGUAUUCCUGGUAUGUUUGAUGACUACAGCUAUGACUCCACUGCUUCCACAGAUGACUACAUGAAUUUCAACUUCAGUAGUAGCUUCUUCUGUAAGAAAAACAAUGUCAGGCAGUUUGCGAGCCAUUUCCUUCCACCUCUGUACUGGCUUGUGUUCAUUGUGGGUACCCUGGGCAAUAGCCUGGUUAUCCUUGUCUACUGGUAUUGCACAAGAGUGAAGACCAUGACUGACAUGUUCCUUUUGAAUUUGGCAAUUGCUGAUCUGUUCUUUCUUGCUACUCUUCCCUUUUGGGCUAUUGCUGCUGCUGGCCAGUGGACAUUCCAGACCUUCCUGUGCAAGGUUGUGAACAGCAUGUAUAAGAUGAACUUCUACAGCUGUGUGCUACUCAUCAUGUGUAUCAGUGUGGACAGAUACAUUGCCAUUGUACAGGCCAUGAAGGCUCAGAUCUGGAGGCAGAAAAGGCUGCUGUAUAGCAAGAUGGUCUGUAUUAGUAUCUGGGUGAUUGCAGCUGUGCUCUGCACCCCAGAAAUCCUGUACAGCCAAAUCAGUGGGGAAUCUGGCAUUGCCAUCUGUACCAUGGUCUACCCUAAGGAUAAGAAUGCCAAGCUGAAAUCAGCUGUCUUGAUCUUGAAGGUCACCUUGGGGUUUUUCCUUCCCUUUAUGGUCAUGGCCUUCUGCUACACUAUCAUCAUUCAUACCCUGGUACAGGCCAAGAAGUCAUCCAAGCACAAAGCCCUAAAGGUGACCAUCACUGUCCUCACUGUCUUCAUUAUGUCUCAGUUCCCCUACAACUCCAUUCUUGUAGUGCAGGCUGUUGAUGCCUACACCAUGUUUAUCUCCAAUUGCACUAUUUCCACCAAUAUUGACAUCUGCUUCCAGGUCACUCAGACCAUUGCAUUCUUCCACAGUUGCCUGAACCCAGUUCUCUAUGUUUUUGUGGGUGAGAGAUUCCGCCGGGAUCUCAUGAAGACCCUGAAGAACUUGGGAUGCAUUAGCCAGGCCCAGUGGGUUUCAUUCACAAGAAGAGAGGGUAGUUUGAAACUUUCUUCCAUGCUACUGGAGACAACUUCGGGGGCUCUUUCCCUCUGAAAGAACUUCUCACUGAGACCAAUGGUCCUUUUGGAAAUAAUGAGAUACAUAGACGCAACAUAGUUUCCUCACUGAUAAGACUAAACAGAAAGCAAAUAAUAAGUAAAUGAGAAAACAAAACAAACUAGGAUGAGUCUAAACAGCUUUAUCAAACUCAGUCAGGAUAUGCCAAACAAAGUUUUCAAAACUGACUAUACCAGAAGGGCACCAGCUGGUUUUAGGUUGUAGUAACUGCAAUUCUUAGGAGGCUACUUGAGCAGCAGUGAGGGCACCCGAGCCAUACACAUUCUGACCAUCAGUGCAGCUGGGUUCUUGAGUUUCUACAGUGCUCCACAUUUCUGUUACUUCAGAUCUGAUGCUACUUCUCCCCAGAGGUAGCAGAGCAUUGGCCACUGCCAUAGUCCAUAAAAGGAAGGCUUAGUGACAUUUCCCACCUUGGUAUAUUUUCUCAUUAGUCCCAUUGGUGGGAAGACUGUGUUUGUAAAUCUCAUUACUUACAGAUUUUUAAAUCUAGAAUACACUCAAACAAUCUGAGGUUGAAUACCCUUCUGAUUUCCUUGGUCUCUUCUGGGCCAAGGAGAACCAUUGUUCCUAUUUUGGAGCCAUUUUUAAGACAGAUUGGUUGGCCCAUACACAGCUGACCACAUCACAACAUCAACUGUCUGUUGCUCUCAGCCUAUUUCUGUGUCUUGCUGGAGAUGCCAUGUCCAAACCCAAGCUGCAGGCUCGAUCUAGGAAGGGAUCUAGCCUGUUCCCUGGUGUGAUAAAGUGGCCCUCAUAGACUAAGUCUGAAAAUAUAUUUGGAUGAUGGGGACUUAGCAUUUGCUCUGUUGGGACUUCUUCAGGGGAGAGGCACUUGCUGCAGAUUCUCCCAUCUUCUCCCUGUCAGUGACAUGCCCUUUCCUUCUGAGGCUUCCAGAAGGGUGUCUGCCUCCUGGCUGCCUUUCCUUACUCUGUAGUGCCAACAGCUUACAAAAUUUUAACUUUAGAGAGAUUAAGAAAAAUAUGUAAUAUAAUUCACUUUCCACCUAUGUUUUUAACUACUUGUCAAAUUUCUCACAUUGGAAAAAAAUCAUUGCAUAUCCUGGAAAAGUGCUUUAUAAUGUAUAUUUUAAAAUGUCUAUCACUUGCCAUUUGUUUAUACCCUUUCUUAAUAUUAUAUUUGUGGGCAAUUAAAUAUCAGACAGAAAUACAGUAAUUGUAAAGGGUAUGACUGUGGUAAACCUUUACUUGUUUGGAUUGCCCAUGUAACCAACUUUUACAACUUUGUAUUCUUCUAUACCCCUGACCUGAGUAAUGCAUGUAUGAUUGCAUGUUUGUAAUAAUAAUCAUUUGCUGAAAACAACAAAAAUAGAAUAUCCGCCAUAAACUCUGAACACAACAUGUGGACUGUUAAACAAUGAUGUUUGCUGUAUACUGUUUGUUAUCUGGGUCAGUUGGAGUCUAUGACCUCCCUUAUAAAACUCUGUUAUUGCCAGGUGGUGGUGGUGCACACCUUUAAUCCCAACUUGGGAGGCAGAGCCAGGCAGAUCUCUGUGAG